AUGUCGAACUCGAUGCAAGUACCUGACCCUGCCAGGCUAAAUGUCUUCCCUCCUCCGAAUGGGCAGAAGCAGACUAGAUUUGCUCCUCUUCCACCAAGACCACCGCCAGGCCGGCAUUCUCUUCUCAACCCUAGAAGCUCAUGGAUGCGAAGAAGUCAACGCUUCCAACCAACACCUCCCGGCAAUUUCUCUCGCAUCCAGCGGCUGAGCCGACUUUCUUACUACCCCGUCGCCAACGAAUACAUCGAAGGCGUCUUCAACGAGAAGACAGCACUGCCGCCGCGAUGGUCCUUUUACGUACCCGACUUCGACUUCGACGUCAAGGAGUUUGAGAAGUAUGAUCAACCUGAUCACGAAGACGAUGUACCCAAAGCAUUGACGGCCUUCCGCGUCGACUUCUGGGAUGGAGACCCAGACGACCCCCAAAACUGGUCGACUGCCUACCGGAUCGUUGUUAUCGGCGUGUUUGCUUUCACAACACUGGCGACCGGUAUCUAUUCCACAGCAUACUCAAGUGGUAUCAAUCAGAUGUCUGCGGAGUUUCACAUCACCAACGCUUCGCUGCCUCUGCUUGGGAUCUCUUUAUACCUGGUGGGCCUGGCGCUGGGAGCCCUCAUCAUGGCACCACUGAGUGAGACCUUUGGGCGGAGACCAAUGUACAUCGGCGGCCUCUCGAUAUUUCUCGGGUUGAUACCCAUCGCUGCCCUUGCGACUAACUUCACCAUGGUGAUUGUUGCGCGUUUCUUGGGUGCGGUUGCCGGAAGCGUCAUGCUCUCUAACGUGGGAGGGUCCAUUAUGGACAUCACUAACCCUAAAUAUCUGCCCCUUGCGAUGUCAGUGUACUCUUUCGGUCCUCUCAAUGGUCCGGUGCUAGGACCACUCAUGGGUGGAUUCUUGGUCGAAUCAUUCGGCUGGAGAUCACUCAACUGGAUGUCAUUGAUCUCAACAGCUGUCGGGGCUCUCUUCAUCAUGACUAUUCCCGAGACAUACAGACCAACGCUUCUCCGGAAGAAGGCAGCCCAGAAGCGGCAAGACGAGGAGGAUCACCGCUAUUGGUCUGACUUUGAUGACACGGUACCCAUGUUCCGCAGAAUCAGAACUGCUGUCUCUCGGCCUUUCAUUCUCUCAUUCACUGAGCCGGUUCUCAUGUUCUGGAACAUUUACAUCUCUGUCAUUUAUGGCAUCGUUCAGCUGGCAUACGUCGCCUUUCCUAUUGUAUACCAAACCGAGCGUGGCUGGUCCACGGCCAUUUCUGGACUGGCAUACCUCGGGAUCUUUGUCGGUAUCGCACUGGUCCUUGCCACCGAGCCACUACUGCGAAAGUUGGUGACCCGACAACCAAAGAACCCCGAAACUGGUCAGCCAGAACCCGAAGCCACUGUCCUUCUCAUCUGCAUCGGCGCAGUGCUCGAGCCAAUUGGCCAACUUUCAUUCGCUCUCACUUCCUUACCCGUAGAUAUUCCCUUUUACUGGAGCGUUUUGUCCGGCGUUCCUUUUGGCUACGGCUUCGGCCUUGUUUUCAUCUACGGAACAAGUUACAUUUCCAAGGUCUUCGGCAUGUACGCCACAUCUGCAUCCGCCGGAAACCUUGUCUUCAGAUCAAUUUUGGGCGCUAUCUUAGUGCUAGUGGGCAAGAGUAUGUAUGCUGCGCUGACGCCGCGAAUUGCAGGCAUCACCGUCGGCGUCGCCGAGGUCGUGCUCAUGCCGGUGCCUUUCAUCUUCUUGAAAUGGGGCAAGAACAUUCGGCAGAAGAGCAAACUCAUUCGAACAUUGGAGGAGCAAGCGAAAAAGUUGGCGUGA